AUGAAAACAUCUGCCGUGUUGUUUGGAAGCAACAGCAACAAUGAGUUGAUGUCAAACGAUGACGAUAAUUACGCGUUGAACGAUGGAGAUGGCGAAGAUGAUGACAGUUACGGUGACGUCAGAAGUGAUGAAGAGGAUGAUGUCGAAGAUGUUGAGGAAGAUGAAGAGGAAGAAGGUUCCGGCAAAUGGAAAUACGCGAAAGCCAACUUCAAAAGUAAAGGCCCUUUCAAGGCGCUUCUGGAUUCGACUUGCCAUAUUCGUCAAAAAGACAUCAUACACAUGCUUGUGAUUGUUGGAGAUCUCUGCAUCUCAGUGACCGGACACUUUAUCACUACACUACUUGCCACCUUCAUAAAAUAA